UAUAAGCACAAACAUAAGUUGAAACGAAAUGUAUUGUACUCUGUGUCUAUGUUAUAAUGCACAUUAUACAGUACCUGUCUACAGAAUACAUUUCCUGAGAUCAAACAGGUGAGAAAAACAAAAUAGAAAACAUUAACAAUUGCGACACCGUUCAAUGUAAGGAGCGCCUCCAUACAGUCAGAUGUUAUCUUAUCACGAGAUGUCACUGGUACACACUUGGGCCAUAAGGCGAUGUCUAUACGAUCACGGUUUCUACAGAUUAGUGAAACAGAACCUCUAGUGAUAACAGUGUUAACAUGAUAUCUGUCACACAGACGUUUACCACUCUCCAAUGGAACACACAAAGAAGCGACAUGAAAAAUGGAACACAUAGUGAGGGACAGAAAGAAAAGGUACUUGUAACAAGAUCUUUUAGAGAAGAUUAGUGGAUUACGAGUCAGAUGAUACAGCUCAUAAGACUAACGGAUGGUACGCUGAUGAUUACGAGUCAGAUGAUACAGCUCAUAAGACUAACGGAUGGUACGCGGAUGAUUACGAGUCAGAUGAUACAGCUCAUAAGACUAACGGAUGGUACGCGGAUGAUUACGAGUCAGAUGAUACAGCUCAUAAGACUAACGGAUGGUACGCGGAUGAUUACGAGUCAGAUGAUACAGCUCAUAAGACUAACGGAUGGUACGCGGAUGAUUACGAGUCAGAUGAUACAGCUCAUAAGACUAACGGAUGGUACGCUGAUAAACCGAAUCAACGAAUCAAUAUUUGUUUUGACGACAGAUUCACGAUUUGAGCAAGAUGCAUGAUGGACAAUCAGUAAGAUUACCGUCAUCAGCGUGACGUCACUGAUGUACAACACAAGCCACGCCACCGACACGACUGAUAUCAUGGAUGCGGCGAAUUCUACCCCGGGAGGCCUGCCUCGCGGUAACCUGUCUGUCGAGGACCUGCUGUCGUAUCUGGACAACCAGACUUUACCGACGAUGAUCCCCGCCAUCACCUACAUCGCCGUGCUGAUGCUGGUCGGCCUGGCCGGGAACUGCCUCGUCCUCGCCGUCUACGUGAAGAAGUUCCGCCCCAGCACCACGCGCGUGUUCGUCGUGUCUCUCGCCAUCUUCGACCUGACCACGUGCGCCGUGUCACUUCCGGGCGAGAUCCUCGACAUGCGCUUCACGCACACGUUUGACUACUCCGUGCUGUGUAAGUUCCUCCGUUUCAACAACUCGUUCACGGUGAUCGCCUCGGGGUUCACGCUGAUCGCGGUGGCGAUCGACAGGUACAGGAAGAUAUGUCGGCCCCUCCACAAACAGAUCUCGAUCCGGACCGCGCGCGUCAUGGUUACCAUAGCAACGUGCGUUUCGCUGACUCUGUCUCUGCCGACAGUGGUGUUGAACGGACGGUCGUCGGUCGCGACGAAGUAUGAGGGAGUUGUCGGGACCGACUGCAGCUUCGACGAUUCGUUCAAGAACUCCAUAUUCCCCAUGGUCUACGUCGGCGUCUUCUUCUUGGUGUUCUUUGGCUCUCUCGUCAUCCUCGUUGUUAUGUACGCGUUCAUUGGUCGAACCGUCUGGCAGCACCGGAAGUUCAGGUUCAACCCAGCCGGCGACAGUAAGCAUCCGUCCCCACUGAACUCGACUUCGGAAACCGACAUAUCUUCGUCGGAUCACGAUUCCGGAAAAAGGCUUUCCUCUGCUAGGAAGUACAAACUGACUGGGGAUGAAACCAAACAGAACGCUAAACUAACGUGGAUUUCUAAAAAGAAAUCUUCUGUUCCCAGCAUUGUUAUCAACAGCCCACAGAAUCCAGGCAAUAAUGCGCAGUCUCCAGUCAGUCAUAACCAGUUUUCUGCUUCCGGAACCGAACCGGAAAGCGAGCUGGACCGGCAGCAGUUGAUCAACGAGAAAAGACGGACUCUGCGGUUUUCGACUGAAAUAGGGAAAGAGAACGACAUAAAGAUGAAAGUGUUUUCUAAGAGCGGGAUCACGUUCAAGGAGAAGGGCGACAAGAACGACAACAAGGUUAAGAAGAGAAGUAAGACAACGCUGAUGUUGUUCAUCAUCACGGCCGUCUUCAUCGUCAGCUUCCUCCCACACCUCGUCCUGAUGAUCGUCCGCGAGAUGAAAGACGACUUCAUGACGUCACUCACGGACGGCGGCGUCAUGGUGUACAAUAUAUUCCUCCGCUCGUAUUUUAUUAACUCGGCGACGAACUGCUUCGUGUACAGUUUCUGUAACGUGAAGUUUAGAAACGCUCUGAGGCGAUUUAUAUGUCCGUGCGCACCUCAUCAGUUUCCAUAAUGUGUGUGUAAAAUGUUGCAUUGUUAACAGUUUUGAAACGAUAUACAGAGCAGGGCCCAAUUUUACAAAACAUCGUAAGCCUAGGUUUGCACGUAAACGUAAAUCUACGACGAAAUAACAAUUCUUAUUGCCAUUAUAGUACAACGAAUAUAGUUAGAAUAACACUUUCUUUUGUCCUUAGAAUUACUCCAUUUUCCCUAAUGAUAUAAUUUUCUUCAUCAAAUACAUGUCAAACUCUUGUAAAUGUAUGCCCGGUAAAACUGCUAGUCGCAGACGUAAACGUACGAUGUUUAGUGACAUUGGUCCCAGACCCGUAGGAAGGAUGUUUGGAAUUGGAAUGUGUGCUGUUUUUUAAAGUGGCAGACCCUAGUUUUGACCCGGGAAAAUGAGCAUUGAUCUAUAAAAGCUGUAACGCAUUUGGAUAAAGUUAAAAUAGAGUGACAUUAGAGUGUGUGACGAUGAAACUGGGAAAUACCCUUUAAAAAACACCUCGAUUAGAGCUGCUCUCCAUAACGGGUACUUAUUAGACACACGUACAUUUAAAAAAAAAUGCAUUUUGUGGUAUUAGAAACAUCAGGAUGACUGAAAACAUUUCGGAUGUUCGGUAAUCGAUAAUGUGAACAGUAAAAUCUAAGUAAUGGUUUAUUUCAAUUGUAAAACAAAUGGCUCUAACAAUAAAACAAAUUGCUAGUAGUGUUUAAAAACUAGAGACUGUCGCUUUAAAGGGGGCGAGAACAUUUCUAUAUUUGGCUAGCCUUAAACAUGAUUUCCUAGCCUCUAGAAUACAACGAUAGCGAUAGCGAUAUUUGAGAUUACAGUCUUAAGUUAUUUAAAAUACCUGUCUCUACCUUCCCACCUCACACUCUGUCUGUCUCUGGGGGGUUUCUGUAUGUAUCUCUUUAUCUCCUUCUCCCCUGUCCCCUCUUAUCCUGCCUCCUCUCUGAGGUAUAAGGUCAACAAAUAGGCCCAGAACAGCGUGCUGAAACCUUUGAAUUCACGGUACCCAAGGGUUAUUAGUCCCCUCCGGUUCAACCGGAAGGGACUGUAGUGUUUUGUCACCAGCUGUCUAUGUCUGCCGGCUUCCGUCUGUCCCACAUAUAGUUUACCAGACGUUUUGUUUUGUUCACAAUGUCUCUAGAUAUCGACCUCAAAUGUUUUUGCACAGCUUUAUCAAAUAAAGUUUCAAGUUCAUGGGGAUUGGCCCAUUCUUGAUAGAGUUACGGCCCUUGAACUUACAGAAUACAAACAUCUAUUGACCGGCCUCGGUGGUGCCGUGGUUAAGCCAUCGGUCAUAAGACUGGCAGGUACAGGGUUCGCAGCCCGGUAUCGGCUCCCACCAAGAGCGAGUUUUAACGACUUAAUGGGUAGGUGUAAGAC